UAUCGGUAGUGACGUGGACGUACACUUCCGGAGGUGUGCAGCCCACGAUUGCUGGAAGUGAAAACAAAUUUGGGACAUAAUUUGAGCAUUAAGCUAUGCAAUGUGGAUAGUUUAUUAAAACAUAAACGCAAUCCAGGUGUUCGAAUGGAUAAGUUUGUAACUCGGCACAGAAAAAGAUCAGUUGUUGAGGCAGAUGAAUGGAAAUCGGAGGAACCGAUCAAGAAAUGCAAAGAUGAGUGUGCGGUGGAAGAGGAGUUUUCUCUGCCCAUUCCCUGGCAGAAGUUUGAGGCAGAGGGAUUGGACUGUGACUACAGUUUUCUAUUUGACAAAGAGGAGGCUGAUCACCUUUUAAACCAGCUAGAAGAGGAGGUUGUGUAUUUCACAGGUGACAAAGCUAAAGUACAAGUGUAUGGAAAGUCAUACAGUGUUCCAAGGAAGCAAGCGACAUAUGGGGACGAGGGACUGAUGUACUCUUUCUCUGGAGUCCAUCUCCUGGCUAAACCGUGGACUCCCACUUUGGAACACAUUCGAGAUGCUGUUACCAAGGCAACAGGCCAUACAUUCAACUUUGUUUUGAUAAACAGGUAUAAAGAUGGUCACGAUCACAUGGGAGAGCAUCGGGAUGAUGAACGGGAACUCGAUCCUGCCUGUCCUAUUGCCUCUGUAUCGCUAGGGGCUGUCCGAGACUUCAUUUUCCGACAUAAGGAUGCACGAAGUGGUUCUAGCAAACGUCAGAUUGAGCCUGUGAAGCUGGAGCUGGCUCACGGGAGUCUUCUGCUCAUGAACUAUCCCACAAACACAUACUGGUAUCACAGUCUUCCAGUCAGAAAAAAGGUCAAAACACCACGCAUCAACCUCACUUUCAGACGCAUAGUGAAAAACAGACAGAAAACUAGCAUUAAAAUGGAGUGAUUGUUCUCUUAGCAUCUUACCAGGUAUUGCUGUGGGCCAUGUUAGUUGUUCUACCACAACUUUCUGUUAGUCUUCACGACACGUUAUGAUUUAUUAGUCUUUACACCAGAUCAUGUGCAGUAAAAAUGGAUCUAAGGAAAUCAAGCUUCAAGCACAUCUUUACUAUUCAGAGCAUAUUCUGGCUUGAUAUUUGGCAACAAAAUGAAUGAGCAUUCAAAGGAAAUAAUUUUCUUUUAUUUGUUUUUGUUUUUUUUUGUUUUUUAGAAAACCAAUAAACUACAUGUGGAAUAAAUAGGAUAGACAACCAUACUUCUGUACAAGACAUUUCUAUUAUAGACUGGGAAAGAAAAAAAACAAUAUGGUCCCAAUGAAUACAUUUUGCUAAAAGUUUCAAAGAUUGAACUACAGAAGGCAGUUUGGCGAAACACUGUGGCAAAAACGUAAGGGUAGCAAAAACGUAAUCGUAUAAAUAUAUACAUUUUAUUUUUCAAGCAUACGUAACAGAGUAAGUUCGAGAAAGUCAUACUUAGUGUUUACAUUCCAGCACUGCUGGACUGAGUAUGAGGUAUUCGUACAGCUGUCUACCCUUAACCUGCCUGUGGUACAAUCUAAUCAAUGUCACCUUUUUCCUUGGACGACGACACAUGCAGUCAGUACAGUUGCUGCUAAAAGAAUCAGUCAUUUGUCAAUUUGACGUAUCAAAAUGAUGCAAUUAUUGUAUCUCUUAUGUACGUUGGAAGGUUGUAGUGCUGUUGAAAUGGCAACCAGCAUUUCAAAGCUUGGUUUGAGUUGAGCAUUAGUGAAAAUUAACAUUUUCGGCUUACCUACUGUAGAUAUUUGAAAAACAAA